AUGGUCGCGGGUUCGAGGCCCGAUGAAGGAUUAGAUGUAACAGACGGUGAAACUGGAAACGACGUCGCACAGCUGAGCAAAGAAAAGCGACUUGAUACGCGCAGCGCUGGAUGUCUUUACCUCCAGUCUUCAUUAUCUCUGUUUCACGCCACCACAGCAUCGAUUACUCUCUCUCACUCUCUCUCACCCUAUCUCUCACACACGCAGGCUGUUCUCUCUCCCUACCAUCGUUUGUUGCGAUCUCUCUGUCAGUCUCUUUCUCUAUCUAUUUCUUUCUCUUUCUCUCUGUUUGUUCCUGUCUGUCUCUCACUCCUAGACUGUUGCUAUCUAUCUCUCGCAGUCUGUUCCCGUCCGUCUCUCUCGCAGUCUGUUCCCGUCCGUCUCUCUCGCAGUCUGUUCCCGUCCGUCUCUCUCACGCAGUCUGUUCCCGUCCGUCUCUCUCGCAGUCUGUUCCCGUCCGUCUCUCUCGCAGUCUGUUCCGUCCGUUUCUCUCUGUUCCCAUCCGUCUCUCUCGCAGUUCCCGUCCGUCUCUCUGUCUGUCCGUCCGUCUCUCUCGCAGUCUGUUCCCCCGUCCGUCUCUCUCUCUCUCAGUCUGUUCCCUGUCCGUCUCUCUCGCAGUCUGUUCCCGUCCGUCUCUCUCGCAGUCUGUUCCCGUCCGUCUCUCUCGCAGUCUGUUCCCGUCCGUCUCUCUCGCAGUCUGUUCCCGUCCGUCUCUCUCGCAGUCUGUUCCCGUCCGUCUCUCUCGCAGUCUGUUCCCGUCCGUCUCUCUCACUCUCUCUACCUCCUUCCCAGUCUACUAUUCUGCUUUCUUUUAUCUCUCUCUCUCUCUCUCUCUCCCAUUCCUUUCAUUCUUUAUCUCUUUUCUUUUCCUUACCUCUCAACAUGUUGUUCUCUCUCUUUUUUUACUAUGGAUUUGAAUAUCUCCUCUCUAUCACUCUCCCAUCGUUCCAUAUUUGCCUAAAUACUAUUACUUCCUCCUUGUCCCUCAUUCUCAUAACUUCUUUUUUUUCCCUCUUUCUGUCCCCUCUCUACCCAUUUCUUAAUGUUUUCUUCCUUCAUUUUAUCUCCCUCUUUCAAUUCUCCUCUUUUCUCGCUUUCAUGAUAACGUGA